GAAUAUAACCGUGGCUUUAGCAGUAUACGUGGACGUGACUUUCCUGGAGCGUCCAUAGGCCUUAGCCUCUCGAAAACACUCCCUUGUCUAUAGUUUUCUCGUUUAGCCCAACAUGGCCCCUUCAGAUGAGCUGGAAUACCUUAAAUCUCUCGUGAACCAACUCAACGAGAAAAUCCAAAAGCUCGAGGCCACAGCGAAGGAAGCCGUCUAUUCCGGAAAGACACCAGCUCAGCAGUUGCGGACUAUUCUCAUCGGGCCUCCUGGUGCUGGGAAAGGUACUCAGGCUCCUCGGAUACGAGACAAGUACUGCGUAUGCCAUCUCGCCACAGGUGACAUGCUCCGAGAGCAGAUAUCCCAGAAGACUGUCCUUGGUCUGGAGGCAAAGAAAGUCAUAGAUGCUGGCGAGUUGGUGAGCGACGAUAUUGUGGUUGGCAUGAUCAAGGACCAGCUCCAAAACAACAAGGCAUGCAAGAAUGGAUUUGUGUUGGACGGAUUCCCUCGUACGGUGCCCCAAGCGGAAAAGUUGGACUCCAUGCUUGCGGAGCGUAAAGAAAAGCUCGAUAGCGUCGUACAGCUCCAAAUCAAUGACCAGCUUCUUAUUUCGCGCAUUACCGGUCGCCUUAUCCACCCUGCCAGCGGACGAACAUACCACAGAGAGUUCCACCCUCCGAAGAAAACAAUGGUCGAUGAUGUCACUGGCGAGCCGCUUAUUCAACGUUCGGACGACAAUGUCGACACGUUGCGGAAGCGGCUAUCCACAUUCCACCAACAGACCGGCCCCGUUGUCGAUUACUACAAGGUGAAGGGCUUAUGGCACGGCCUCGAUGCUGCACAAAGCCCAAGUGUUGUGUGGGACAACCUCAGCAAGGUUUUCAAGGCACCACCAGGGAAAUCAUGAAACAAACGGGAAAAUAGAGGCAUGGUAGAGAGCAUAUCAUUACUAUGCCGAUUCGCUUUGACUAUCGUGGAGGUAGUUUUGUCUGUCGUUUGUCGUACAUGCAUGUUUUAGAUGGUGCAUACUCUAGAUAUCCAUAGCUUUUGUCUUGGUCACAUUCCUUGAGCCCGUAUAUAUGAAACCCCCAAUUGUCGAGGCAAUUAUCGAAG